GGCGCGGGGGCGGCGCGGAGGCAGCGCCGCGCGGCCUGCCAGGCUCGGGACCCGCAGCAUCGCGGCUCGCCGGCCGGUGCGGCCCGGAGGCCGGCGCCAUGGAAUCGGAGGAGGAGCAGCACAUGACCACGCUACUGUGCAUGGGCUUCUCGGACCCCGCCACCAUCCGCAAGGCCCUGCGCCUGGCCAAGAAUGACAUCAACGAGGCCGUGGCGCUGCUCACCAACGAGCGGCCGGGUCUCGACUACGGCGGCUACGAGCCCAUGGACAGCGGCGGCGGCCCCAGCCCCGGGCCCGGCGGGGGCCCGCGGGGCGACGGCGGGGGUGACGGUGGCGGCGGCCCCUCCCGCGGCGGGAGCACCGGCGGCGGGGGCGGCUUCGACCCCCCGCCCGCCUACCACGAGGUGGUGGACGCGGAGAAGAAUGAUGAAAAUGGAAACUGCUCAGGGGAAGGAAUUGAAUUCCCUACAACAAAUUUAUAUGAACUGGAAAGCCGUGUUUUGACUGAUCAUUGGUCCAUCCCUUACAAGCGAGAAGAAUCACUAGGCAAAUGCCUCUUGGCUUCUACUUACCUAGCAAGACUUGGUCUUUCCGAAUCUGAUGAGAAUUGUAAAAGAUUUAUGGAUAGGUGUAUGCCUGAAGCAUUUAAAAAGCUCCUGACAUCAAGUGCUGUUCACAAGUGGGGUACUGAAAUUCAUGAAGGAAUCUACAAUAUGUUGAUGCUAUUAAUAGAGCUGGUCGCAGAGAGAAUUAAACAAGAUCCAAUUCCCAUUGGUCUCCUGGGCGUGCUUACAAUGGCUUUCAAUCCUGAUAAUGAAUACCAUUUUAAAAACAGAAUGAAAGUGUCUCAAAGGAAUUGGGCAGAAGUGUUUGGAGAGGGAAAUAUGUUUGCUAUUUCACCUGCAUCUGCUUUCCAAAAGGAGCCUCAUGGAUGGGUUGUGGAUUUGGUAAAUAAGUUUGGAGAAUUAGGUGGAUUUGCAGCAAUCCAAGCCAAGCUCCAUUCAGAAGAUAUAGAACUUGGGGCUGUCUCAGCAUUGGUGCAACCCUUGGGAGUAUGUGCAGAGUACCUGAAUUCCUCAGUGGUACAGCCCAUGCUAGACCCAGUCAUCCUUACUACAAUCCAGGAUGUGCGGAGUGUGGAGGAGAAGGAUCUCAAAGACAAGAGAUUGGUUAGCAUCCCUGAGCUCUUGUCUGCCAUAAAGUUACUUUGCAUGCGCUUCCAACCGGAUCUGGUGACAAUUGUGGAUGACCUUCGACUAGACAUCCUAUUGCGCAUGUUGAAAUCACCACAUUUUAGUGCUAAAAUGAAUUCACUCAAAGAAGUAACCAAGCUAAUAGAAGACAGCACUUUAUCCAAAUCUGUGAAGAAUGCUAUAGAUACAGACAGAUUAUUAGAUUGGCUAGUUGAAAACUCAGUUCUGUCAAUUGCACUGGAAGGCAACAUAGACCAAGCACAAUACUGUGAUCGUAUAAAGGGAAUUAUUGAACUCUUGGGCAGUAAAUUGUCUUUAGAUGAGCUCACUAAAAUUUGGAAGAUACAGUCAGGACAAUCAUCUACUGUGAUCGAGAAUAUUCAUACUAUUAUUGCUGCAGCAGCUGUGAAAUUUAAUUCAGAUCAGCUUAAUCAUUUGUUUGUUCUCAUUCAGAAGAGCUGGGAGACCGAGAGUGAUAGAGUAAGACAAAAGCUAUUGAGCCUGAUUGGACGAAUAGGCCGGGAAGCUCGCUUUGAGACCACUUCUGGAAAGGUAUUAGACGUACUCUGGGAACUGGCUCAUCUUCCAACCCUGCCCAGUAGCCUUAUUCAGCAAGCCUUGGAGGAGCAUCUGACGAUUCUUAGUGAUGCGUACGCUGUGAAAGAAGCAAUCAAGAGGAGCUACAUUAUUAAGUGCAUAGAAGAUAUUAAAAGGCCUGGAGAAUGGUCAGGUUUGGAAAAAAACAAGAAGGAUGGAUUCAAGCAAGGUGGGCUGACUGGGGAUUAUGUCUCCCUGCCAGGCUACACAGAAACUAAGCAAAGGUCAUCUCAGCUUAAUAAUCCCCAGUUUGUAUGGGUGGUACCAGCUUUGCGUCAACUCCAUGAAAUUACCCGCUCAUUCAUAAAACAAACCUAUCAGAAGCAAGACAAGAGCAUUAUUCAAGAUUUGAAGAAAAAUUUUGAAAUAGUGAAAUUGGUAACUGGAAGCUUGAUAGCUUGUCAUCGACUUGCGGCAGCUGUGGCUGGGCCCGGAGGCUUAAAUGGUUCUACACUAGUGGAUGGCCGAUACACUUACCGGGAGUAUUUAGAAGCGCAUCUAAAAUUUCUGGCAUUUUUCUUGCAAGAAGCUACUCUGUAUCUGGGUUGGAAUCGUGCCAAGGAAAUCUGGGAGUGUCUGGUGACUGGCCAGGAUGUGUGUGAAUUAGAUAGAGAGAUGUGUUUUGAAUGGUUUACAAAAGGGCAGCAUGACCUCGAGAGUGAUGUUCAGCAGCAGCUCUUCAAGGAGAAAAUUCUUAAAUUGGAAUCAUAUGAAAUCACUAUGAAUGGUUUUAACUUAUUUAAGACUUUUUUUGAAAAUGUGAAUCUCUGUGAUCAUCGAUUGAAAAGACAAGGAGCUCAGUUAUAUGUAGAAAAGCUGGAAUUAAUAGGAAUGGAUUUCAUUUGGAAAAUAGCCAUGGAAUCACCUGAUGAAGAAAUUGCUAAUGAAGCUAUUCAGUUAAUCAUAAACUAUAGUUAUAUUAAUCUAAAUCCUAGGUUAAAGAAGGAUUCAGUAUCUUUACAUAAGAAAUUCAUUGCUGAUUGCUACACAAGAUUAGAAGCAGCCAGUUCAGCACUUGGUGGCCCCACUCUCACACAUGCUGUGACCAGAGCAACAAAAAUGCUUACAGCAACUGCCAUGCCAACUGUAGCAACAUCAGUUCAGUCUCCAUAUAGAUCCACUAAACUUGUAAUAAUUGAGAGAUUGCUGCUUCUGGCAGAACGCUAUGUGAUCACUAUAGAGGAUUUUUACUCUGUUCCACGAACUAUUCUACCUCAUGGUGCCUCAUUUCAUGGACAUCUUUUAACUCUUAAUGUUACCUAUGAGUCUACCAAAGACACCUUCACUGUAGAGGCUCACAGUAAUGAAACCAUAGGGAGUGUUCGGUGGAAGAUAGCCAAGCAGUUGUGCUCUCCUGUGGAUAAUAUACAGAUAUUUACAAAUGAUAGUCUGCUGACAGUGAAUAAAGAUCAAAAGCUACUCCACCAACUGGGCUUUUCUGAUGAACAAGUCCUUACAGUAAAGACUUCUGGCAGUGGGACCCCAUCUGGGAGCUCAGCAGAUUCAUCAACCAGCUCCAGCAGCAGCAGCAGUGGUGUUUUUAGUUCAUCCUAUGCCAUGGAGCAGGAGAAAUCCCUCCCUGGUGUUGUGAUGGCACUUGUAUGUAAUGUGUUUGACAUGCUUUACCAGCUUGCCAAUCUAGAGGAGCCAAGGAUAACUCUACGAGUACGAAAGCUUCUGCUCUUGAUACCCACUGAUCCAGCCAUUCAGGAAGCCCUGGAUCAACUUGAUUCCCUAGGAAGAAAGAAGACAUUACUGUCUGAAUCAGGUUCUCAGUCUUCAAAAUCUCCAUCCCUGUCUUCAAAGCAGCAGCAUCAGCCAAGCGCCAGUUCAAUUUUAGAAAGUCUGUUUCGAUCUUUUGCUCCAGGAAUGUCCACCUUCAGAGUGCUCUACAACUUAGAAGUUCUGAGCUCCAAACUCAUGCCAACAGCUGAUGACGACAUGGCUCGAAGCUGUGCAAAAUCCUUCUGUGAGAACUUCCUCAAAGCAGGAGGUUUGAGUUUGGUUGUAAAUGUCAUGCAGAGGGAUUCCAUCCCAUCAGAAGUAGACUAUGAAACAAGGCAGGGUGUUUAUUCCAUCUGUCUACAGCUUGCAAGAUUUUUACUUGUUGGACAAACAAUGCCCACAUUAUUAGAUGAAGACCUAACCAAAGAUGGCAUAGAAGCACUUUCUUCCCGCCCAUUCCGAAAUGUCAGCCGGCAGACAAGCAGACAGAUGUCAUUAUGUGGUACCCCAGAAAAGUCAUCUUACCGACAAUUGUCAGUAUCUGAUAGGUCUUCCAUUAGGGUUGAGGAAAUCAUUCCUGCUGCUCGAGUUGCAAUACAAACAAUGGAAGUAAGUGAUUUCACCUCUACUGUGGCUUGUUUCAUGAGAUUGUCAUGGGCUGCAGCUGCAGGACGACUUGACCUUGUUGGGAGUAGCCAGCCGAUUAAAGAAAGUAAUUCUCUGUUUCCUGCUGGAAUUCGAAACAGACUCAGCAGUUCAGGAAGCAAUUGCAGCUCUGGAAGUGAAGGAGAACCAGUAGCACUGCAUGCAGGAAUCUGCGUUCGACAACAGUCUGUAUCCACCAAAGACUCUUUGAUUGCCGGGGAGGCUUUGUCUCUUCUUGUUACAUGCCUACAGCUUCGGAGCCAGCAACUGGCAUCUUUCUAUAGCUUGCCCUGUGUUGCUGAUUUUAUCAUCGAUAUUUUGCUUGGAUCACCAAGUGCUGAAAUUCGCCGGGUUGCCUGUGAUCAACUGUAUACCCUAAGUCAGACAGACACUUCAGCUCAUCCAGAUGUACAGAAGCCAAAUCAGUUUCUCCUAGGCGUCAUUCUCACAGCUCAGCUUCCUCUCUGGUCCCCAACUAGUAUUAUGAGAGGAGUCAAUCAGAGAUUAUUGUCUCAGUGUACAGAGUAUUUUGAUUUGAGGUGCCAGUUAUUAGAUGAUCUGACAACUUCGGAAAUGGAGCAGUUAAGAAUCAGCCCAGCUACCAUGCUCGAAGAUGAGAUUACUUGGCUGGAUAACUUUGAACCUAAUCGCACAGCUGAAUGUGAGACCAGUGAAGCAGACAACAUCUUAUUGGCAGGACACUUACGGCUCAUCAAGACCCUUCUUUCACUCUGUGGGGCAGAAAAGGAAAUGCUUGGUUCAUCACUCAUUAAACCAUUGUUAGAUGACUUCCUUUUCCGAGCUUCUAGAAUUAUUUUAAAUAGUCAUUCUCCAGCUGGCAGUGCCGCCAUCAGUCAACAGGACUUUCAUCCAAAGUGUAGUACAGUGAAUAGCCGAUUAGCAGCCUAUGAGGUCCUUGUGAUGUUGGCUGAUAGUUCACCUUCAAAUCUUCAAAUUAUUAUAAAAGAACUACUUUCUAUGCAUCAUCAACCUGACCCUGCUCUUACAAAGGAAUUUGAUUACCUUCCCCCAGUGGAUAGCAGGUCCAGUUCAGGGUUUGUGGGGCUGAGGAAUGGUGGUGCUACUUGUUACAUGAAUGCAGUCUUCCAGCAGCUGUAUAUGCAACCUGGGCUCCCUGAGUCAUUACUCUCAGUAGAUGAUGACACAGACAAUCCAGACGAUAGUGUAUUUUACCAAGUGCAGUCUCUCUUUGGCCAUUUGAUGGAAAGCAAGCUGCAGUAUUACGUACCUGAGAACUUUUGGAAGAUUUUCAAGAUGUGGAACAAAGAACUUUAUGUGAGAGAACAGCAGGAUGCAUAUGAAUUCUUUACUAGUCUCAUUGAUCAGAUGGAUGAAUAUCUCAAGAAAAUGGGGAGAGACCAAAUUUUUAAGAAUACUUUUCAGGGCAUCUAUUCUGAUCAGAAGAUCUGUAAAGACUGUCCACACAGAUAUGAGCGUGAGGAAGCUUUCAUGGCUCUCAAUCUAGGAGUUACUUCUUGUCAGAGUUUGGAAAUUUCUUUGGACCAGUUUGUUAGAGGGGAAGUUCUAGAAGGAAGUAAUGCAUACUACUGUGAAAAGUGUAAAGAAAAGAGAAUAACAGUGAAAAGGACCUGUAUUAAGUCUUUGCCUAGUGUCUUGGUAAUUCACCUAAUGAGAUUUGGAUUUGAUUGGGAGAGUGGACGCUCCAUUAAAUAUGAUGAACAAAUAAGGUUUCCCUGGAUGCUAAACAUGGAGCCUUACACAGUUUCAGGAAUGGCUCGCCAGGAUUCAUCUUCUGAAGUUGGUGAAAAUGGGCGAAGUAUGGAUCAAGGAGGUGGAGGAUCCCCACGAAAAAAAGUUGCCCUCACAGAAAACUAUGAGCUUGUCGGUGUCAUUGUACACAGUGGGCAGGCACAUGCAGGCCACUACUAUUCCUUCAUUAAGGACAGGCGGGGCUGUGGAAAAGGAAAGUGGUAUAAAUUUAAUGACACAGUCAUAGAAGAAUUUGACCUAAAUGAUGAGACCCUGGAGUAUGAAUGCUUUGGAGGAGAGUAUAGACCAAAAGUUUAUGAUCAAACAAACCCAUAUACUGAUGUUCGCCGAAGAUACUGGAAUGCCUAUAUGCUCUUCUACCAAAGGGUGUCUGAUCAAAACUCCCCAGUAUUACCAAAGAAAAGUCGUGUCAGUGUUGUACGGCAGGAAGCUGAGGACCUCUCUCUGUCAGCUCCAUCUUCCCCAGAAAUUUCACCUCAGUCCUCUCCUCGGCCCCAUAGGCCUAACAAUGACCGGCUCUCUCUUUUAACCAAGCUGGUUAAAAAAGGCGAGAAGAAAGGACUGUUUGUGGAGAAAAUGCCUGUUCGAAUAUACCAGAUGGUGAGAGAUGAAAACCUCAAGUUCAUGAAGAAUAGAGAUGUGUACAGUAGUGAUUAUUUCAGUUUUGUUUUGUCUUUAGCUUCAUUGAAUGCUACUAAAUUAAAGCAUCCAUAUUAUCCUUGCAUGGCAAAGGUGAGCUUACAGCUUGCCAUUCAGUUCCUUUUUCAAACUUAUCUACGGACAAAGAAAAAACUCAGGGUUGACACUGAAGAGUGGAUUGCUACUAUUGAAGCAUUACUUUCAAAGAGUUUUGAUGCUUGUCAGUGGCUAGUUGAAUAUUUUAUUAGUUCUGAAGGACGAGAAUUGAUAAAGAUUUUCUUGUUGGAGUGCAGCGUGAGAGAAGUGCGAGUUGCCAUGGCCACCAUUCUUGAGAAAACCCUAGAUAGUGCCUUGUUUUAUCAGGAUAAGUUAAAGAGCAUUCAUCAGUUACUGGAAGUACUGCUUGCUCUAUUGGAUAAAGAUGUCCCAGAAAAUUGUAAAAACUGUGCUCAGUACUUUUUCCUGUUCAACACUUUUGUACAAAAGCAAGGUAUUAGGGCUGCAGAUCUUCUUCUGAGGCACUCAGCUCUGCGACACAUGAUCAGCUUUCUCCUAGGGGCCAAUCGGCAGAACAAUCAGAUACGUCGAUGGAGUUCAGCACAAGCACGAGAGUUUGGGAAUCUUCACAAUACAGUGGCAUUACUUGUUUUGCAUUCAGAUGUCUCUUCCCAAAGGAACGUUGCUCCCGGCGUAUUCAGACAUCGGCCGCCUAUUAGCAUUGCUCCCUCGAGUCCUCUGCUGCCCCUCCACGAGGAAGUAGAAGCCUUGCUGUUCUUGUCUGAAGGGAAACCUUACCUGCUAGAGGUGAUGUUUGCCUUGCGGGAGCUGACGGGCUCGCUCUUGGCACUCAUCGAGAUGGUGGUGUACUGCUGUUUCUGUAAUGAGCAUUUCUCCUUCACGAUGCUGCAUUUCAUUAAGAACCAACUAGAAACAGCUCCACCCCAUGAGUUAAAGAAUACAUUCCAACUACUUCAUGAGAUAUUGGUCAUUGAAGAUCCCAUACAAGUAGAGAGAGUCAAAUUUGUGUUUGAGACAGAAAAUGGAUUACUAGCUUUGAUGCACCACAGUAAUCAUGUGGACAGCAGUCGCUGCUACCAGUGUGUCAAAUUUCUUGUAACUCUUGCUCAAAAGUGUCCUGCUGCUAAAGAAUACUUCAAGGAGAAUUCCCAUCACUGGAGUUGGGCUGUACAGUGGCUACAGAAGAAGAUGUCAGAACAUUAUUGGACACCACAGAGUAAUGUCUCUAAUGAAACGUCAACUGGAAAAACCUUUCAGCGGACCAUUUCAGCUCAGGACACAUUAGCAUAUGCCACAGCUUUGUUGAAUGAAAAAGAGCAAUCGGGAAGCAGCAAUGGGUCAGAGAGCAGUCCUGCAAAUGAAAACGGAGAGAGGCAUUUGCAGCAGGGUUCAGAAUCCCCCAUGAUGAUUGGCGAGCUAAGAAGUGACCUUGAUGAUGUUGAUCCUUAGAGGAGCAUGCCCGGCACCGGAGGAGGAGUCAAGUCACAAUACUGGAUGCUCAGCAACCUUUUGAACCCAGAAUCUCAUCCUUGAGACCUUUAAAAGAGCCUGAAGAUUGGACUGGGAGAGCUGACAUGACUCUGGAGGACCGUGCAUUUGACAAGAGAGUGUUCUUUGGCCACUAGAAGGUUUGGGAGCCGUUUGGCAGUGGGAGACCUCCCAGCGUGGGGAUCAGCUGUCCGGGGCCACCAUCCAUAUGUGGAUUAACAUUCUUUGUGGAGAUUUUAGGAAAUAAAGCUGGUGGCAGACUUUUUUGUUAAAUGAACAUUCAAGAGUGAGGGUAAAGCUAUUGCUUUCUCUAUGAUGCUACAAAAGAAAUUCAUUUGGUUUUUAUAUUUUAAGAAAAAAAAAAGCAAGCUGCCUUUAGAUAUGUGGGGGCAAAUUUUAAAUCUUCAGUAACACUGAAUAGGAAUAUCCAAUUUAAAAUGGUGUAAAGAUAUGUGAUAAAAUUCCUUUUCAUUGUAAAAUAGUAGUUAAAGAAUUCAGUUUACACAGACCUUUGUAUUUAAUAUGUCUCCUAUUUGUAUAGAUUUUCAGAUGGGUCUGGAUGAGAGCCCUGGGCAUAAGCUUGGAUCUUAAGGAAAUGUUACCAGGAUCAAAAAUUGGGAAAUUAUUAAGCUCUUUAAGGUAUUUUUCGUAUAUAAUUGAGAUUGAAAAGAGCAAUAAAAAACGCUGUUUUCUCCGGAAGUACAGGGUGCAUUCUUUGACAUCAGUCACUACAGAAGUUAUAAGUUGUUCCCAAAACAAAUUUUAAAAACAGGAAAAUAAAAAGCACUUUAAGAUAUAAUUUUAUUGAGCUCGACUUCAUAAAAUUAUCUUUUUAAGGCUUGGAGACAUAUUGAAUAAACUGUAAUCUUAAGUCUGUGAUCUGCAAUCAUUUGCUUUUGCUUAAAACAUAAUUGCUGAAACCCAUGGUAUUAGUUGUAUAUGAAGUUAAAUUUUUGGAGUUGGGAGACGUUGCUUUGUGAGUUUCAUAGUAACUUUAAUGCAGAGAAGGAAUUUAAGACUUUGUUUCUCCUCAACAAGACUAAUUAACACGAAAAGAUGGGCAAGGUUUAAGAUUUAUUUUCCCAGAAAUAACUAGAAAGAAGUUGAACGAUCAUCCUUGUAGUUGUAUUCCCCAAGUAUAGUACCGUUCGCUCACUUUAGAAACCAGCUCUUUUUUGGCCAGGGGGAGGGGGAAAGGGGUAUUACACCAACACAUUUCAUAUAUUUUGUAAAUUUUGUAUCUUGAGUUGCUUGCACACAUUUUCAGCCCUGUUUUGCCUUUAGUUACAUGUCCUGCCUUAUUUUCAACUCGCCAUGCACAGAACUAGGGGAGCCUUAGGAAGUGCCAGGUUGUCACUGUCAGUUGCCAAGUCAAAGAGGCGCAGCCAGCCCCAAAGUGCCUUUUUGGUUGCUUUUGCAUUUUGCGUGGACACGUGCCAAGGAAGACAGCUUCUCAUUGCCGUACGCAUUCAGUAACCCAGUCAUUUCACUCUUCAACUGUGGAAGAUGCCGUGCAGUCAGGCUGCAGCUUAUAAUUCUGUAACUUAACGGCAGGCUUUUUGUCAGCUACACUGAGAAGAUGGAAGGGCCAGCAUUUAAGAGCAGAGCUGGCCCUCGGAGAAAUGGACAGAGGAGACUGGCACAUUGUAUAUGGUUCCAAUGUUCUUGCAAUUUUGAAUGUGAUGUUCUAAGAUUGAUUUCAAGUACACGAAUACCCCAUGUGCUAUUGUUUCCCCUAUCCACCCUCACCUCACUACCCCAUUCCUCAUGGAAAGAUUGUGUGGGACAUGACAUUGAAAUGCUGGUGAUGAUAGGUGUUGGGAUAUCAUCGCUGGCAACUGCACUCUCAGGAGCCCAAAUUCAGGAGUGAAAUUGCCACUUCUAGUCCCUUUAUUUCCUAUGGAAACAACGCCUCCACACCCCAGCACCUGCUGUCCUCACUGUAAAGCUUCGUCAGGAUCGCCCGUCACUAUGGUGUAUUAUACGCCUUGGUUAGUUUUGCUUACAUUGUUGCUGCAAUGAACAUCGUUUUCACUUUGCCAGUGACCACUUGAUUUCCAACGGCUGCAGUCAAUGAACCUGCUGAUGACUUUUUUUUAAUGUAGUACAACCGAGUGACAAUUAUGACAGGCUUGCCUUGGAAGAGUUGUCAUUUUUACUGCCAAUAUUUUGGAUGAAGAUGUUUUUAUAAAUCUUUCAGAAUGGUCUGCAAGUCAAGCAGGAAUUGCACAAUUAACUCAAUGCUGUGUGUUUUCAAGAAGCUCCCUUAGUGAAGGCCAAUCCUAGGAUGGCCGAUUCCGCCCAUUCCAGGCAUCCCAGGAAAGAAAACAAACGAGCAUCCCGACGGGCAUCCACCCAUGACUUCUCCUGGAGUACUCACAUGGUCACUGACAACUAGAAUAAACUUUAGGACCUAGAGCACCAUGUCAUCAGACUUACCCUGUCUUGCCCCACUCUCCCUGCUAACAUUGAGGUGUGUGCAGUUACUUUUUGAGCUUGGAACAAGCAGACUGGAAUUUUCCUCUGCUACCUCUUGUGUACAGAAUCUUGUUUAUAAAAUUUCAAAAGGAAGUAGAUAAACUAGGGAAGAAUCUUAAUUCUAAAUUUGGUUCAUGUGUGGCAGAGUUCUUAGCUUCUAAAAAUAUAAAAUAAAUUUUUCAAAAAUGUAGA